CUGCCUAUGACAAAGCUCUGACAUCUGUGUGUUUGUUCCAAAUGGAGUUUCUAGAUCACACAGGCAGAAAAUACCUGCAGAUAAUUGGGUACAAAAAUUCUUGGAACGUGAGCUGUAGUGGCUGCUGAUGCAAACCAUUCUUUCAGGUAGGAUGAUCCUAGGAAAGCAACAAAAAAAAAGGUUUUGCCGAAGCAUCACAGCUUAUUACAGAUGAGCUAAAGAAACCAUUUUCUCCAUAUAAUCAGUCAUUGCAGCCACUUGAAGCACUACUUGACAGUCUAGCCACCACUGUCUCAAAGAGGUGCAUAAAAGGGUAACUUAAAUGGUCAAGAAUGCUGGGGCAAGUCUCAUAAGGAUAACAUUCGCUUUGAGCAAAGGUAGGUAAGUGAAACCAAGACAGCUGAACAAAAUAAAGCAUUUUAAAUAGUAGUAAUAAUAAACAGUUAAAAUAACCACAAUGCUAUGUUGAAGCUGAAGCAUAGGGGGAAGCAGCGAUCCUUUCCCAGCAAAUAAUUCAACUUUGGAAUUCGUUGCCACCAAAUAGAGCAAUGGCUGACAGCCUGGACCACUUUAAAUGUCAAUUAGAUACAUUUAAGAUUGCUAACUAGCUGGCCUUGGGCAUGUCACUUUCAUCCUUGGGAAGGCAAAGGGAAACUCCCAACUUAUUUUGCCAAGAAAACCCUGGGACAGGUUUGACUUAGGAUCGGCAACAAUAAACCCUGUGAUGGCUAGUUAUUUCUAAAUCCCAGCGGAUGGAUGAAGUCUAUAAUAUUAUUUACACAGCACCAUCUUAUUGCACUUGACACUACAGAAUGAAAAGAAAGCCAUACAAAAUAAAUACACAUGCACCUCUCCCACCUCCAUACACCCCUGUAGCUGAUGUGCUUGGCACCAUAUUCUGUGACAAUAUGUACUGUAAGUUAGAAUGGACACAUAAAACCCAAAAAUAUUUUAGGUUCCAAGCCUUCCUUGUGGUAGUGAUCCCUUUACUUCCUAACAAGCCCUAAUUAACCCAACCUGGGAGCCGGGUGAAGUUUCCAGCCAGUCUUGCUCCUUUGGAGAAAGCUGAGCUACCUUCAGAACCUUCUUGAUUUUGCCCUUGGAAGUAUGUGGGGCAAACCCACAGCAUACCUUGCCACAAGCCCUUGGUCUGGGCUGCAAAGAGGGGUGGCAGAUGAGAAAAGGGAGCCGUUGAAAAGCAAGGACAACAAAGGUUUGAAUAGCGAACAAGGAUGCAGAAAGAAGAAAAAGGUCCCAGGAAGCAAUGAAAAAGAAUUGACAUCUGAGAAGCUGGGCGUCAUCUGUCCCAGGACUCUUCCAGAAGCCCCUCUGCAAAGAGUCAUUCCUGCCUCAGAAUCCCUCGCUAAGGAACUGUCCCAAGCCAUGCUGCGAAUGAAUAUGGGCCUAGAGAGGGAAUAUGCUUACGACAUCUUCAGCAGCAUGAUGCAGAAGCAGCAUUUGUAUGCCUUCCAAGCCUUCGACUUGCCACACUCCAUCACACCGGAGAUGCGUGCCCUUGUCAUUGACUGGCUGGUGCAAGUUCAUGACUAUUUUGGUCUGCCUGAUGAGACACUCUACCUGACAGUCUACCUGAUGAAUGCCUACAUGAAAGCAGGCAAGGUGCGCAUCCUCAGCCUUCAGCUCCUUGGUAUUGCUUGCCUCUUCGUGGCCUGCAAGGUGGAAGUCAGCACUUGCCCAGAGCCGAACAAGUUGUGCUUCAUGACGCAGGACUCGUUUAGCUGGAAGGAGCUGCUACGCAUGGAGCGCAAGAUCUUGACCCGCCUGAAGUUUGAACUACAUUAUGCCAACCCUGUCCACCUGCUCCACUGGAUGGCAGAAGUGGCCCAUUCCACCUUGGAGGUACAGUACCUGGCCCGGUAUUUCCUGGAGCUCUCUCUGAUGGAGGUGGACUGUGUGUGUUUUGAGCCUGCUCAGCUGGCCCUGGCAGCCCUACACUUGGCACAGCGCUUGUUUCUUCAGGAGAGGAGCACCAAGGAGAUGUCCCAGGAAGGCUCCUGCAAACUCUACACAUACAGUGAGUCUGAGCUGUCUGCUGUGUAUCCCUAUAUGGCCAAGGCCGCUUUGCGAGGACCAAACUCUCCCCUCCGUGCCACUUUCCUGAAAUACUCCCGGCCUCAAAAGCUCUGCAUCAGUACCAGCUUUGACAUCACAGCCUCCGAGUCUCUAAGUCGCUGCCUGGGGAGUCCCAUCUCAUGAAGGAGUAUUGCUUUAUUAUGGUGCUGGAGUUGCAUUAUUUCACACUGUGUAGUGGAAGUCAUUCCUGGCACCAAUGAGUGGCAUUAGGCUAGAAACCCAUCAUGAUGUGUAGAAUUAAUUGUGCUGCUGAGCAAUGUUUCUGUGAGUCUGUAUGUCUUCCGCUUUCUAUUUUCUACUAUUUUUCUCUGUGUGUGCACUGUAUGCCCCAUUCUUUCUCUCACUCCUUCUGCUUUAACUCUCACUCUAUGUAUUUUUGCAAAAUUGUGCUCCAAGGACAGGUUUACCCUCCUUGCCUGUUCCUAUUGAAUUGCAACAAGACCUGUAGAAAAGAAAAGAAUCGAUUGACUUGUAAGAAAACGGAGCUCUUCAAAUGUCUAAUAAAGUAUUUUAUUCUCUG